CAAGAGGCAUCUGCAAAUGCUUCACAGAGAGGAAACUGUUAGGUUAAAAAAGUGCUAGUUUCCUGAAAACCAGGGCGUUGUAUUUCCUCUUCGAUUCUUUCAUCACUCUAAGCACGUGUCACUGUCAGCGACUGGUUGUCACCAUCAGGGCCAGCACUGGUCCAGGAUUCAUCGUAUUCCACUACUGAAGCUGGACGCAUCUGCUGGGUCAUCCUGAAAGACCUGCUCACAGCUGCCAUGCUAGGGCUGAAGAUGUUGGGCUUCCUCAUGCUUAUGUUUUCUAUGUGUGAUGCCGCUGAGCUUAAAAACCAAACUGAGGAUGUCUAUGGGAAUGAGGGUGAUCACGUCACCUUGACGUGUGAAGCUGAAGGGCACCCUGCUCCUGCCUUUAGCUGGUCACUCGAUGGGAGGAAUUUAAUGGAGACCGAGAGUAACCUCAACGUCACUAUAGCAGCCAAUGCAAUGUACAUCUGCACAGCUACCAACUAUCUGGGAAACACAACUAAGCACAUCAACGUCUAUGGGAUCAACACAAACGUGAUGGGAGCCCCUUCAGCCAUAACCACCCCUGACCCAUCAAGACAAAGAUGUACCGAUGCAGACAAUCAAUGCCAUGAGGAGCUCAUCCUGAAUCCGCCUGAGGUUCUUGAAGAAUAUGGAAACACAGUGUUUGUCAAUUGUUCCAGUGCAGACAAUGGUGUUGGGAUGUAUUGGAAGGUUGGAGAAACAGAAUCACCACCAGAAAAUGAAACUAGUGCAGUGAGGGAAUUAACUCUCUCAGACUGGUAUGUAACUGCAGAGUGCAUAAAACGUCUGACUGAAACUUCUGUCUGCCGCAAAGAGCUUAAAAUCACAGUAUACCAGAAUCCAGAGGAAGUCAUUUUGUUUCCGACGAAGCAUGCAGCUGCGUUGGAAGGCACACAGUACGAGCUGCAGUGUGAUGUUGUCAAAGUUGCUCCUGUGCAACACCUGACUGUGAGGUGGUACACAGGCAGUGAGACACACAUCAAGACUGACAACUUCACACAAUCAAAAGCAACCAAAGGACUGGCAAAUGAGUCCUCCACUCUGGCAGUCAUCCUCAGCAGAGCAGAUAACGGAGCUCAGUUUCGAUGCGAGGCUCAGCUGGAUUUUGGGGAACUUGAAUCACCGCCUCCGGUUAUUUCAAGCGUACACACGGUUUCUGUGCACUAUGCCGCUGAGCUUAAAAACCAAAUUGAGGAUGUCUAUGGGAAUGAGGGUGAUCACGUCACCUUGACGUGUGAAGCUGAAGGGCACCCUGCUCCUGCCUUUAGCUGGUCACUCAAUGGGAGGAAUUUAAUGGAGACCGAGAGUAACCUCAACGUCACUAUAGCAACCAAUGCAAUGUACAUUUGCACAGCUACCAACUAUCUGGGAAACACAACUAAGCACAUCAACGUCUAUGGGAUCAACACAAACGUGAUGGGAGCCCCUUCAGCCAUAACCAUCCCUGACCCAUCAAGACAAAGAAGUACCGAUGCAGACAAUCAAUGCCAUGAGGAGCUCAUCCUGAAUCCGCCUGAGGUUCUUGAAGAAUAUGGAAACACAGUGUUUGUCAAUUGUUCCAGUGCAGACAAUGGUGUUGGGAUGUACUGGAAGGUUGGAGAAACAGAAUCACCACCAGAAAAUGAAACUAGUGCAGUGAGGGAAUUAACUCUCUCAGACUGGUAUGUAACUGCAGAGUGCAUAAAACGUCUGACUGAAACUUCUGUCUGCCGCAAAGAGCUUAAAAUCACAGUAUACCAGAAUCCAGAGGAAGUCAUUUUGUUUCCGACGAAGCAUGCAGCUGCGUUGGAAGGCACACAGUACGAGCUGCAGUGUGAUGUUGUCAAAGUUGCUCCUGUGCAACACCUGACUGUGAGGUGGUACACAGGCAGUGAGACACACAUCAAGACUGACAACUUCACACAAUCAAAAGCAACCAAAGGACUGGCAAAUGAGUCCUCCACUCUGGCAGUCAUCCUCAGCAGAGCAGAUAACGGAGCUCAGUUUCGAUGCGAGGCUCAGCUGGAUUUUGGGGAACUUGAAUCACCGCCUCCGGUUAUUUCAAGCGUACACACGGUUUCUGUGCACUAUGCCGCUGAGCUUAAAAACCAAACUGAGGAUGUCUAUGGGAAUGAGGGUGAUCACGUCACCUUGACGUGUGAAGCUGAGGGGGACCCUGCUCCUGCCUUUAGCUGGUCACUCGAUGGGAGGAAUUUAAUGGAGACCGAGAGUAACCUCAACGUCACUAUAGCAACCAAUGCAAUGUACAUCUGCACAGCUACAAACUAUCUGGGAAACACAACUAAGCACAUCAACGUCUAUGUGAUGAACACAAACGUGAUGGGAGCCCCUUCAGCCAUAACCACCCCUGACCCAUCAAGACAAAGAACUACCGGUUGCCCCUUAGUAUUGACGCCUGCUGAAAUCGUGGUGAGAUUUGGAGAUCCAGCCUCGGUCGACUGCAGCACAUCGGCCAAAGGUUUUCACAGUAUGGGCUGGGAGGCUCCUUCUGGGGCCACAACGUCUAACACAAACGUAACCACCUGGAGAGUCGAAAAAAUGAAGGACUGGGCCACAAAACCUUUGUGCUACAUUAAUAGUGUAGAUGGCCAGUGUUAUGUGAUGCUACGAAUCACUCUUUAUAAGACUCCAGACAGCGUGUCAGUGUCUGCGUUGGAUCAAGGGCCGAUGGUGGAGGGCACAGAGUACCGGCUGAAAUGUGACAUCACCGAUGUGGCUCCUGUGCAGAAGCUCAAAGUGACGUGGUACCGCGGCAAUGAAGCUGUGCACACAGAGUCGUUUAAUGACACCACAGAGAUCCAGGUCAAUGUGUCCUCUACCUUGAGAGUCACACCUAAGAGAGAUCAUGAUGGAGAACUCUUCAGAUGUGAGGCUGAGCUGCACCUGGGACCAAACGGACCAGAGCGUGUACCCACUAAAACCUCAUCCCCGCUUAAGGCCGUUGUGCACUAUGCCCCGGUCUUCACUGGAAGUUACAGCGAGGAGGUGAACGUGUUCCAGGGUGACAACGUGACUUUUGGCUGCAGUGCUGAAGGCCACCCUCCCCCUGAGAUCCAGUGGAGCUACAGUCCUGGAGUGCACGUGACCGUGACCACAAGGGGGAGCCAAAAGACUAUCACUGUCACAAGAGCCACGUCUACCGAUGCUGGUGUUUACAUCUGUGAUGCUACCAAUAACGUUAGGGUUGUGAGGAGAAACGUCACACUGGUAGUGAAAGAUAGGCCUGAUAGCCCCAUCGCCAAAGGCCUUUGGUGGUUGCUGAUUCCAUUGGUGUUCGUCAUCAUCUUCGUCGUCAUCGUCCUUGCCGACCGUUGGAAAAAACAUGGACAAUAUACUUUCGUCCCAGACAAACCCAAUAAGGAUGAUUCAGGCAUCCCGAUGACUCCUCAGUCUAAAGAGGCCACAGUUUAGCAAACAAUUCCUGAAUCAAUCAGCCGGGGAUGAAAAAGUAACCACAUCAAUGCAAUUUGUCCUUCAUGACAACAAUGCAAUGUUAAUAUUGUAUGUAUAUUUUAACUUUGGCAUAGUAAGAUUUUAGGUUAUUAUCUACAGACUGCUUUAAAAACAACUAAUUAGGAGCGGUAUAUUUGCCAAAAUGUGCUAUACUGAUAAAAAAAAAUGCAUUUUAACAAUUACUUUUAUUUGUAGGACUUUAAAGUCUAACCUAGAGAACAUUUUAAUUUCUAAUAGUUACUGCUUUAAUGUUUUUGGAAACUGUACAAGCUAUGUUCUGAGGAACACCUUUGCAUAGAAAUGUCACAAUAAAGUAGCAUCACUG